GCAGAGCCGGAUCGCACGCCCCACCUCGCUCAGGGACAAAGCUCCGCCUGGCGCCGCAGCAGAGCGGGCGGCGCGUCCCCAGCAGCGGCUGGACCCGGGUGGGCCCGGCCGGCGGCCCCGCCCAGCUGGCCGCGAGCUGUCAACGCCGCCGCGCCCGGCGGGUCCCUGCGGCCGCUGCGUCCCCGCCUGCUGGUCGCGCCGCGCCGAGCCGGCGGGCAGGUGUCCUGCGGAAGGCGUCCCCGCGCGGCCAGCGGAGGCGCCCGGGGCGGCGGGCGCGUGUGCGCCGGGGCGCGCGGCGCGGGGAUUUUCCUCCCCACGCCCUGCGCGUUUCUCCCCUGCCUUCCUGCUUCGGUGCCGGCCGCCGACACCAUGUCCGCGAGAGUGGCCCACCCGCAGGACCCUCACCACCCAUCAGAGAAGCCUGUCAUUCACUGCCAUAAAUGUGGGGAGCCGUGCAAGGGCGAGGUACUCCGGGUCCAGACCAGACACUUCCACAUCAAAUGUUUUACCUGCAAAGUGUGUGGCUGUGACCUGGCCCAAGGGGGCUUCUUCAUAAAGAACGGGGAGUAUCUCUGCACCCUGGAUUACCAGCGGAUGUACGGGACACGCUGCCAUGGCUGCGGGGAGUUCGUGGAGGGCGAGGUGGUGACUGCCCUGGGCAAGACCUACCAUCCCAACUGCUUCGCUUGUACGAUCUGCAAGCGCCCGUUUCCACCUGGAGAUCGAGUCACGUUCAAUGGGAGAGACUGCCUUUGUCAACUGUGUGCACAGCCCAUGUCUUCCAGCCCUAAUGAAGUCACCUGCUCCAGCAACUGUGCUGGCUGCGGAAGGGACAUCAAAAACGGGCAGGCCCUGUUGGCGCUGGACAAGCAGUGGCACUUGGGGUGCUUUAAAUGCAAGUCCUGCGGGAAGGUCCUCACUGGGGAGUACAUCAGCAAGGAUGGUGCCCCAUACUGUGAAAAGGACUACCAGGGCCUCUUUGGGGUGAAAUGUGAGGCUUGUCAACAGUUUAUCACGGGCAAAGUCCUGGAGGCAGGUGACAAACAUUAUCACCCCAGCUGUGCACGAUGCAGCAGAUGCAACCAGAUGUUCACAGAAGGAGAGGAAAUGUAUCUUCAAGGGUCCACCGUCUGGCAUCCCGACUGUAAGCAAUCUACCAAGACAGAAGAAAAGCUGCGGCCACCCAUCAUCCACCGCUCUGCCUCUGAUUUCUUUUAUCCCAAAAGUCUGGUUCGCCGCACAGGACGGGCUCCGUCUCUGCAGCCGACCAGGACCUCUUCAGAAAGUAUUUAUUCUAGACCAGGUUCCAGCAUCCCUGGCUCACCAGGUCACACUAUCUAUGCAAAAGUAGACAAUGAAAUCCUGGAUUACAAGGAUUUAGCAGCCAUUCCCAAGGUCAAGGCAAUUUAUGACAUUGAACGUCCUGAUCUCAUUACCUAUGAGCCUUUCUACACCUCGGGCUAUGAGGACAAGCAGGAGAGACAGAGCCUUGGAGAGUCUCCAAGGACUUUGUCCCCUACUCCGUCAGCAGAAGGCUACCAGGACAUUCGGGAUCGGGUGAUCCACCGGUCCACCAGCCAGGGCUCCAUCAACUCCCCUGUGUACAGCCGCCACAGUUACACUCCAACCACUUCGCGCUCUCCCCAGCAUUUCCACAGACCUGAGCUUUUGUCUCCUGGUGUGCAGAGGGUGACCCACCUGCGCACCAGCAGCUUCAGCUCGGCCCACAGCGACUCCCGCCCCAACCCCCCCUUCCGACACCACUUCCUUCCCCAUGUCAAAGGCAAUGAGCCGUCCAGCGGCCGGAACUCCCCUCUCCCCUACCGGCCCGACAGCCGCCCUCUAACUCCAACUUACGCUCAGGCCCCUAAACAUUUCCAUGUUCCAGAUCAAGGGAUCAACAUUUACCGAAAACCACCCAUCUACAAACAGCAUGAUGCAGCUGCCUCGGCAGCCCAGAGCAAGUCCUCAGAAGAUAUCAUCAAGUUUUCCAAGUUCCCAGCAGCCCAGGCACCCGACCCCAGCGAGAUACCAAAGAUUGAGACGGACCACUGGCCUGGUCCCCCCUCACUUGCCGCCGUAGGAACUGACAUGAGACGCAGAUCUAGUGGCAGAGAGGAAGAUGAGGAGGAGCUCCUGAGACGCCGGCAGCUUCAAGAAGAGCAGUUAAUGAAGCUUAACUCAGGCCUUGGGCAGUUGAUACUGAAGGAAGAGAUGGAGAAGGAGAGUCGGGAAAGAGCAUCCUUGUUAGCCAGCCGCUAUGAUUCUCCCAUCCACUCAGCGUCAUAUGCUCCAUCAUCUAAAACAUCAUCUCUUCCUGGCUAUGGAAAAAAUGGGCUUCACCGGCCUGUUUCCACGGACUUUGCUCAGUAUAACAGCUACGGAGACGUCAGCGGGGGAGUGCGAGACUACCAGACCCUCCCAGAUGGCCACAUGCCUGCAAUGAGAAUGGACCGAGGAGUGUCCAUGCCCAACAUGUUGGAACCAAAGAUAUUUCCGUAUGAAAUGCUCAUGGUGACCAACAGAGGGCGCAACAAAAUCCUAAGAGAUGUGGACAGAACCCGGCUGGAGCGCCAUUUAGCCCCAGAAGUGUUUCGGGAAAUCUUUGGGAUGUCCAUACAGGAGUUUGACAAGUUACCUCUUUGGAGACGCAACGACAUGAAGAAAAAAGCAAAGCUCUUCUAAGUCCCACACAUAAGCGGCAAUUAGCAAAAGGACUGGCAUUGGGGGCGUGGCCUACCACGUUAUACUAAGGCCCAGACUUGAUUGGAGAAUUUAUAAACUGCCAUCCCUCAGCAACAGCAAAAAGGGAAAUUCUGGUGACAACACCCAUGAGCCAAACACUGGGCCAACCAACAGUAACACAUGCCAAGCAGCCAUGGGUAGAGAUUUCUAUGUUUCCAAAAUCAGCAGUAGUGUCCACAUGUGACCUUUUCUCAUGACCACGUGUCCACAACAGGAGCUUCUUCCUUUCUCCUUUUAUUUUCCUUUAACUGUUGUCCAACAUAGUGCUGACUGUAGUGAUAAGAGCCAGCAAGUGCCCUUAGGAUGUCGCACAGGAAGAAACAGUUGUACUAAUUCCAAAGUAUGAACAUAUUUAUUACAUAGCACUGUGCUAAGCAGGAGUCUGAGGAGCGCAGCCACGUGGUAGCAGCAGUUUUGCACACGCUUUUCCUUGUCGGCCUCUAGCAGCUUUGUCUGAGCUCUGGCAAGAAUAGAAAUCAGUCAGGGAACCGGGAAGGUCUGAUUGAAUGGCUGAAUAUCAGCAAAAUAGUGGUUUUGAACAAGCUCCUUGUUCUCUCCUGUUUGCUGGGACCUGGUUGGCAAAUUGCUUUGCCAUUACUAGAAUUUUUUGAAAGAGGAAAGAAAAGGAAAAGGAAUGAAGGAAACCCUCCCUGAACUCUUUUUCUGCUUCAAAUAGUGUAAUGAUUCUUCCUUCUCGCCAAGAACAGGAGCUGGCUUGGGCUCCACCUUUACAAAGAAAGGAAAGACGAGAAUUGUCUCCCGACUGGCCCAGUUGCAUGCAGUGAGGUGAUUUUUUGUCCGUGGGUCAUAUCACUCUUAGCAAAAAAAAUCCAUGUUUUGCCCCAAAUGCAAGUUCUAACACUCAGUGUCCCCUGCUCUCCGUCUGGCAUCCUAUGAAUCAGAUCAAGUCCAUACUGAUUUUAUUUUUUAAGGUCUUUUCAAUAGUAGGUUAAGCAAAGGCACGUUUCCUCUUAAAUAUCUGCAACUCCAAAGUAGAUUACAUCCAAUCAAUUUAAUUUGGCCUUUUCAGCUUUCCUCCUUGUUUAGCACUGUUGACUUAAGUGUGAGUGUGUGCACGUGCGUGCCUGUGCGUGUAUGCACGCUUAACUCACCCAGGGAAGUUCUGUGGGUUUGCAUGUGCUUUUUUAAUUUCUGCUUGAAUGUUUGUCACACUGUGCUGCCACUUCUAAGGGACAUUUUGUACAAGUGCAUGUGACUCAAAGAUCAAGAGUGAGGCUAAGCUGUACCCUCCAUGUCGCCUCCUUCAGGGGUGAGUGUUGGUGCUUAGAAGCCAGCACACAGGCCUAGGUAGCUCAUGGCUGGAUCAGGCUGCAGGCCAUGCAGGUUGGAUGAAGUUGGUUUGGAGCUCAAAGCAUCCUGCCAGAGUCCUCAUACUCUGCAACUGUCAACUCAAAUUGGAGCCUAGCCUCAGCACAAUGCUGGCAUGUCCUAGCUCUUGCUUUGCCCUGGGAGAGUGUAGGAGAGGGGACUAUGGCACAUUUGUAGUGUUUCCCUACCACAAUCAUUAACAUGGCGACCAAGUGGGUCCCAGCACUCAGCCGGUGGAGAGGCUAAUGGAGACAAUAAAGGACCCACCAUGUCAUUAGUUAAUGAGUCAUCACCCAUGAACACGCAGAUCAAAUGCCAGUGUGAGAAAAAUGAAGGUAUUUGGAAACCUGGGCACAAUCGGGUGGUUUUUCUAAAUUUUCUCUCUUGAUCCAUGUGAAAGAGGGUUUUGUCAUGAAAGAUGGAAAUUAGACUGGAAGAAGGAACAGUCCUCCUAUUUAUGUUAGAGACCCAGAGUUAAAGGCCCUAUGGUUGCAAUAACUUUAAAAAACUGGACCCUAGAUUCUGCUCCCAAUAAUGACACCCAGUUCUUCUUGUGUUUUCUGAACUCAGUUUUGCAUCCAACUUGAAAAUCAAAAAACUUCUUUUCCUACCAAGCAUAGUAGUUCACUUAAACUCUGUAUCAUUCAAAGAUACAUUACUGGAAAAUAACAGUAGUCUCUUGCCUGCUCUUGGCUACUGGAAACCCUCACAUGGAAUAGCUCCCCUGCACCAUUCCCUAGCAGAAGGUUCCAGCUGGAAGAAUGGGUUGAGGACAACCUGGUUCUAACUGCCAGAUCUGCUGUAAGGGCUACAAUGCCUUAUCUGUUUGGUUAAACUGGGUUCAGCAUCCUUGACCUUGAAAUAUCUAGACCACAGCACAACAGAUAGAUGUUCUCCAUUUAACCCUGUGCUGUACUGCAUGGGAAAAUUCCAAUUGCUAACAUGAAUUAAAGUAACUUGUUCACCUCUAGAAGAAGAAUUAUAUACCUGGCAAGCUUGGUGCAUAUAUUAAGGGCUACUUUUUUGAGCAUUUGGCUUGUGACUUUGAAGCGCAUACUGAUUGCAUGAAGUAGCAGGGGACUCUUUGACAAUAUGAGUCAGUGCUUCCUUUAAAAUUUCUUCCAGAGAGCGCAGGCUAUCACAUAGUCUUCCUGUGUGAUUUAUUAGGAGAUAUGAAGAGCAUUUGGCUAGCCAUGCAUCUGUAUUUUGGUUUGGGGUUUGCUAUUAAAUGUUUUUAAUGUGACUUCUUCAAUAACUCAACAUAAACUGCCUAUUCUCUGAAAUCUCAAAAAGAGAAACUAGAAUGAAUGAGUGCAGGGGUGGAGUGAUUUUCUACCUGUAAUCUGUUCUCCCCUGACCCUACUUCCAAUGCCUCCAAGCUGAGUCUCCUCUUGAAGCACAGUCUACAGCAGUUGUUUCCGACUCUGGUCUUCUCCAUCUCAGCCUGGAAAAACCCAGCUGGUAAUAUGUCUAAAACUCUCACCUAAUUUCUUUACAUUUUGAAGCAAACAUCUUUUUGUAAGAAUUGCUUCUCAGAUGAUGAUAUAAAAUACAUGUGCUUUUGCAAGUUUAAAAGAGUUUAACCACUCUCGACUAAGUACAUUUCUCUAACAAUCAUGUACAGCAAAUUUGGUGUGGCGUUCUGGGGUGUGUUGCAGGGGUGGGUGUGGCUCCAGGUUCUGCCCGCACAGAGCCCUGCUUCUGAUUGUCAUGAAAGAUGGCGCACGGGAAAUCAACUUUGUCCCAUCAACCCUUCUGUGUCCUCUGAAGCAAGCACAGAUUUAUAAGUCACUUCUUGUGUACUUCUGUUAGCUAUUGAAUCUGUACUUUUAAUGCCAGCCUUGAUUUUAUUUGAUUUUUAAAGUUAUUCUUCUUCUGAUGAACCAAGUGUUGGUGUGCCCUUAAACUUGCUCUUUCAUGGUCACUUUGGAAGAACCUUCCAGAAAAAGAGAUCACUUAGGGCUUAAGAUUUGCAAUGAUACCAUCUAACAGUGACAAUGUACACUAAGUAGAUUCCCCACAACCCUGGGUUGGGAGAAAGAGAAAGCUUUAGUUUGGCAUUAAAAAAAAAAAAAAAAAUCACUAUCCUUCCAUUUGCUGCCCAGCAAGCAGAGGGAGAUGGUAAUGGGUAUGUUCCGCAUGUGGAUUGUUAGGUUUUAAUUAGGGCAAGUUUAACUUAUGGCAAACUUAAAAAGAAAGAGGGAGGUGGUCAGUUUCAAUGGAAACUCUCAACAGUGAAUGUGUGCACAAUAAAAAUCAAUCCAGAAAUUUCUGACGCUUAGUGUAACUGAGUGGUGGUUGUGAUCAUCAAUGGAAUUCUCCCACACCUCUCCCAAGAGCACAGUUCCCAUGAGUAACUUCCUGAGCCCACUAAUCAAAGGUGGAAGGAGAGAACACAGUGUGUUACCAUUCAGAAGCAGUGGAAACGCACCACGUCCUGGCUACACUUGUUUCUGUACUUUCGGAGAAGAGACAGUUGCCCACAGACUGAUGUUCUUUGGGGGUUUGGUGUACAGUCUUGUCCAAUGAUAUACGUGAGUCGUGUCCGUGUGUGACCAAGGGCCGGGCAUUGAGGCUCUUGAGGUUCUUCAUUUUAAGUUGGGUUUGUGGCUUUUUAUCAACUGGUGAAAGGCACACAGCUCUUCCUGUCCUCCCCUUUGGGAAAUAGAAAGCAGAUGCUUAGAAGGAACGUCUUGAGAUGCUGUGUCGUGUUCCCUGUGAAAGUGAGCCCGGUGUGUGUGUGCGCCCGAGUACCUUGUGCUGUGUGCACAGGAGGGGUGGCCGGCCUGUCUUCCUGUCGCUGAGCUGCACAGUCCCCACCUGCUCGGUGCUCCUGUUGCAAACAACACUUCCACGCUCCCUGGCCACUCCACCCCUCACCCUGCUGUACCACUGCUCGUGAAUAAAGCCGUGUGCUUCAUUCCUAAG